UAUAGGGCACCAACCAUUUCAUCCUCUCCGACUCCGACAUCGUCCGGUCCGAUACGCCACAGGAUCGACCACCAAUGCAGACUGCCGUGGCGGUGCUGUUAUCAGGCGUGGUGGCGCUGUUCGGAGUGACGAGCGCCGUGCUGGCGUUCAUAGCCGAGGCAAAGAGGCUCACAGCGGAUGAAAUCCGCGUGUCAGGUCGCGAGUGCGUGUACCCGGCCAACGCCGCUCACACGCUGGGGAUAUGCGCCAUCUUCCUGCUUGCCGCGGCCCAGAUCAUCGCCUCGGUGGCCGGUGGCUGCUGCGGCUGCUGCAGGCCACCGGGCGGCGGCGGUCCUUCUCCCAGUCCCAGCUCCACUAGGCGACGCGUCGUGGGAGUCAUCGCCUCUGUCCUCUCAUGGGUAGCGGCGGCGAUUGCUGUGGUCUACGACUGGGUGGGCGCGGCGCUGAACGCGCCCGUGACGCGCGAAGCCAGGCUCGCGGGCUCCGACGAGGAGUGCUACCUACUCAGGGGCGGCAUCUUCGUCAGGGCGGCCGUGCUCAGCCUCGUCGCCACCUCGCUUGGGAUCAUGUCCUGCAUCUUGCUCCGCCUGCCGCCGCCGGCUACGCACGCGCCGGAACAAGGCCACCGCGCGGUCGGGCUGCCGCAGUGGCCCGCGCAAGAGACGUACCCGUACCCCGCGCACGGGUACGCCCACGCAUCGGACCCCAAGUUCGCUCCUCCUGCUCCUCACGGUCAGGCGAACGAGCAAGUGUACGUGUAGUGCGUAGAUGACGUGAUGAGUAGUGAUGGUGUGAUCUCCGUAUUAUUUUUUCCUUUUGUUUUGUACGUAGGUAAUAUGUGCGUCGUGAUUACUAGUGAUGGUGUGCUCUCUGUAUUAAUUUUUUCUUUUAUUGUUAGUUUG